AUGGCCGACGCAUCCAUGGCGCCCACCCCUCGAUCAGCCUCCAAGCCGGAUACAUUGCUCCACUCCCGGAUCCCGAUCGAUAUCCGCUCGGGUCCAUGGCAUUACGUUCUGUUGGAAAUGUGAGCUCUCCCUUCGAGGGUCCUCACAGCGUUAUUGACCCGGCCUCCCCUGUUCAUCCAGAAUUCCAAGGUCUUCAACCUCGUCUUCUUCAGCCCCGGUGGACGCCGUAACGUUGCACCAGAUGAUGCUCAAGACAAUGGCCGACUGGUACGGUAGCGUAGGAGGCUCGACGACCAAAUUCGACGUACUCGCUCUGAGCGCCGCCUCGACCGAAGCAGGACCUGAAAAAGCAAAGGGAGAUGAUGUCCGACUUGGGAUAGUGAGGGUUGAUACUUGGUCAGUCUACCUCCACUCGAAGUAAUCCGGCAAAAGGGGCGAGCUUUGCUGACCUCCCCUUAUUCUCGGGUGGAAAAUCCGAGCUCUCACAGCUCGGCGCAUCAUCUAAUCACCUCCAUCCCAUUCGCGUCCUUCAAGAAACAAUCGUCGGAUACAGAUCCACCAUCAUACCAAGUUCACGUGCUCGCUCAUUCGGGGGAUUUUUCCGUGAUCGUGAAGCGUCUGCAGAGGAGGCGACAAAAGAUGCCGUGGGAAAAGGCGUAA